UUGAAGCCACUCUCCCGUUUAGUAAUUGGCUGUCUUAACAACCGUCCCUCGGCCCUUUUAUUUUCUGUUGCAACACUUGUUCUUUCGGAAAUGCCAAUUUAUGCUCAGGCCAGCUGCGGAAAUUGGGUUUGAUGGGAAGACCUAGAACCGCAACCAAAACAGUUUUUCCGAUUACCUUGCGAUACUCAUGCAGUGUUAUACAGAGUUGAUACCCCCGACUGGGGUCACUCAUGCAUUGGCUCUCCCAUUUCUCAGCGCAACAGCGAACAACUUAAUUGUCGCUAGAACAUCCCUACUUCAGAUUUAUUCCUUGCAUACCAUUUGUCCUCCACCUGAAGGGGUCGAGGCACGACAGGAGCAGGAAACGACGAAGCUUCUUCUGGAAAAAGAGUACCCUGUCCCUGGCAUAGUGACUGGUCUAUGCCGGGUCAAGAUUCUCAAUACCAAGAGCGGAGGGGAAGCUGUUCUUCUUGCUUUUCGGAAUGCCAAACUUAGCUUGAUUGAAUGGGACCCGGAACGUCGUGGCAUCUCCACCAUUUCCAUUCAUUUUUAUGAACGAGAUGAUCUGACCCGUAGUCCGUGGGUUCCUGACUUGAACAAUUGUGACAGCAUUCUCAGUGUGGACCCAAGCAGUAGAUGUGCGAUAUUCAACUUUGGCAUUCGAAAUCUCGCCAUUAUCCCAUUUCACCAACCAGGAGAUGACUUGGUGAUGGAUGAAUAUGACUCAAACCUUGGAGUGGAAAAGCCAACCGACCAUGGAAUCCGAGGUAGUUCUGGCGCCGAUAGAACCAAAGAGGGCAUUGUGCAUCAAACCCCGUAUGCUCCAUCAUUUGUUCUGCCUUUGACAGCUCUGGAACCUUCAAUACUUCAUCCAAUAAGUCUUGCUUUUCUAUACGAAUAUAGGGAACCAACAUUUGGCAUAUUGUAUUCACAAGUUGCAACAUCGAACGCCCUCCUGCAUGAAAGAAAAGAUGUGGUUUUCUAUACUGUGUUCACACUAGAUUUGGAACAGCGAGCUUCUACGACAUUACUCUCAGUCCCUAGACUACCUAGCGAUCUCUUUAGGGUGGUAGCCCUUCCGCCUCCUGUUGGCGGGGCCCUGCUUAUUGGAUCAAACGAAUUGGUACAUGUUGACCAGGGAGGCAAGACAAAUGCUGUCGGAGUCAAUGAAUUUGCAAGACAGGUCUCGGCAUUUUCCAUGACUGAUCAGUCUGAUUUGGCACUACGUCUUGAGGGUUGCGUCAUUGAGUGUCUUUCUAAUAGCAGUGGAGAUCUGCUUUUGGUACUUUCUACGGGAGACAUGGCCGUUGUGAAAUUUAGAUUAGAUGGCAGAUCAGUCUCUGGAAUUUCGGUUCAGUUAUUACCUGCUCAUGCCGGUAUCACCUCCAUGGCCUCUGCCGCAACAUGUUCAGCCUUUGUUGCGCACGGGAGACUCUUCUUUGGCAGCGAAGAAGCUGACUCGAUUCUUCUGGGCUGCUCUUACCUGUCUUCAAGCACCAAGAAACAUCGAAUGCAAUUAAGGCAACUCGUGGAUGAUCCGGUAGACGCCUCAGAGGAAGAUCAGAGUGAGGUUGAUGCUUAUGAGGAUGAUCUCUAUUCUACGUCUCCAGGGACGGCAGUCAAUGGCCGCGACUCACCAGCUGAAUCAUCUGCUUACGGACCGUAUGACUUCCGAGUCCAUGAUAAACUUGUCAACAUUGGGCCUCUGAGGGAUAUCACACUUGGUGCGCGCCCCCUUGCUAAUCAAGGACAGGGAAGCAAUUGUGCUCAUGAAUUUCCGCCAGAGCUGCAGUUAGUGGCUUCCCAAGGCUCUGAUAGUAGUGGGGGCUUGGUGGUACUGAAGCGUGAGAUCGAUCCCCAUGUGACCGCCUCUUUGAUGAUGGAAUCAAUCGACUUCCUCUGGACAGCCAUUCUACCUCAGGAAAAUACAAUUGUGCCAGACAUUAUUGAGGGAGCUGGGCAGCAACCGCAAUGUUACGUCAUGGCGUCGAGAGCAAAAGGUUCCGAUAAGGAAGAGUCGCUUGUCUUCGUCAUGGAUAAUUAUAGUCUGAGCCCCUUCAGAGCCCCCGACUUUAAUCCAAAUGAGGAUGUCACUAUUGAAAUCGGGACGCAGGCGAGCAGGAGACGCGUGGUUCAGGUUUUGAAGAAUGAGGUCCGAAGUUACGAUAGCGAUCUGGCUCUGGCCCAAAUAUAUCCCAUAUGGGAUGAGGAUACCAACGACGAACGGACAGCCGUCAGCGCUAGCUUGGUUGAUCCUUAUAUUGCCAUUCUUCGAGAUGAUUCAACACUGUUGCUCCUCGGAGCGGAUGGUAGUGGGGACCUCGAUGAAGUUCUGCUUGGUGAGGAUGUAUCGUGUAGUAAAUGGCUAUCCUGUUGUUUAUACUCCGAUAAAACUGGGCUUUUUUCGUCCUUCGACACUGAUGUUUCAUUUCAAAGAGGCAUGUUCCUCUUCCUUCUGAGUCAAGAUUGCAGGCUUCUUAUGUAUCGCCUUGGUGAUCAAAAACUAUUGUCAGUAAUAGAAGGCGUUGACAGCCUUCCGCCUCUCCUUUCUGAAGAGCCGCCAAAGCGAUUCGGUACACGGGAGAGCUUGAUAGAGGCCGUUGUUGCGGAUCUUGGAGACCCAUGGAGCGCUUUGCCUUAUCUAAUUUUGCGGUCCGAAAAUGAUGAUCUCUUUAUAUAUAAGCCGUUUGUGAUUCCCGCUGGCUCAAGGAAAGAUGCUCCCUGCUUGGGGUUUUCUAAAGAGGCCAACAAUACCCUACCAAACGUGACUUCUGGCCUUGAGUCAAGACAGUUUGACAACACGCAGUACAGAGCCAGAUCUUUGCGUGUACUGCCCAAUAUAUCAGGAUUGAGCACUGUAUUCAUGCCUGGGGUUUCGGCAGGCUUCGUCCUCAGGACAUCUACGAGUUCGCCCCAUUUUCUACGCCUCAGAGGGGAAUGUAUCCUGAGCCUAAGUGGCUUUGAUACCCCCGACUGCAGCAAAGGCUUUAUUUAUCUAGAUUCUAAGAAUAUUGCUCGCCUGUGCCAGUUACCUCCCCAAACGCAAUUUGAAUAUCAGUGGACAUUGCAAAAGGUACCCCUAGGGGAGCAGAUCGAUCACUUGGCUCAUUCCUCGUCAUCUGGGACUUACGUUUUGGGGACAUGUCAAAAAACGGACUUUAAACUACCCGCGGAUGAUGAGUUGCAUCCUGAGUGGCGUAACGAAGCCAUUUCAUUUUUGCCUAUAGGGCAUAGAAGUUUCAUUAAGCUUGUCAGCCCGAAAACUUGGACAAUUAUUGACAGUUAUGCACUGGGUCCAACCGAACAUGUGAUGGCAGUGAAGAACAUGAGCCUUGAAGUAUCUGAAAACACACAUGAACGUAAAGACAUGGUUGUCGUGGGAACAGCAUUUGCACGAGGAGAAGAUAUCCCUUCACGUGGCUGCAUAUAUGUAUUCGAGGUUGUGGAGGUGGUUCCGGAUCCCGAUGACCCCGGGACCGAUCGCAAGUUGAAACUCAUUGGGAAAGAACCAGUGAAGGGUGCUGUGACUGCCCUGUCUGAAAUUGGUGGACAGGGUUUUGUUCUUGUUGCACAAGGGCAGAAGUGUAUGGUCAGAGGCCUUAAAGAGGAUGGUAGCCUUCUUCCAGUUGCUUUCAUGGAUAUGCAAUGUUAUGUCAGCGUGGUGAAGGAGCUCAAGGGCACUGGAAUGUGCUUACUUGGUGAUGCUGUCAAAGGACUUUGGUUCGCUGGCUACUCGGAGGAACCAUACAAGAUGAGCCUUUUCGCGAAAGACCUUGAUUACGUUGAAGUUUCAACCGCAGAGUUUCUCCCUGAUGGCAAGAAACUGUUCAUAGUCGUCGCGGACAGCGAUUGCAACGUUCAUGUUUUGCAAUAUGACCCUGAGGAUCCUAAGUCAUCAAAUGGUGACCGGCUUUUAAGCCGCAGUAAAUUCCACACGGGAAACUUUAUCUCCACGCUGACCCUUUUGCCUCGUACAAUCGUCUCUUCCGAGAGGGCAGUUUCUGAUGCAGAUGAGAUGGAUCUGGACAACCAGAGGCCUUUCUACCAAAUCCUUAUGACGACGCAGAACGGCUCCUUUGGCUUGAUCACAUGCAUUCCCGAAGAAUCCUACCGCAGAUUGUCCGCUUUGCAGUCUCAGCUGACAAAUACUGUUGAACACCCCUGCGGUCUUAACCCCCGGGCUUUCCGCGCUGUGGAGAGUGAUGGCACCGCUGGAAGGGGCAUGCUUGAUGGCAAUCUUUUGUUCCAAUGGCUGAAUAUGAGCAAGCAGCGCAAAACGGAAAUAGCGGGUCGAGUGGGCGCACAUGAAUGGGAGAUCAAGGCCGAUCUUGAGGCUAUUAGUGGAGAUGGGCUUGGCUAUCUUUGAAAGAUACCAGCCAGCCCUUCCAGUCUAUCGCAUGUACUUGGGCUGCCGGCCAGAGUGUAGACCCGCCAAAGCCCUACGCGUGCUUUAGCCAAGCAAAUAUAGUCAAGUCAAUUUACAACAUGAAAAGGCCUUCAAUGC